AUGAUUCAGAAUUUAUUUAUUUUUAUUUUUCUACUUUCAAGCAUCAAAACUCGUGUAUUAAAAUCACUUCGUGUUCUUCGUGUCAGAAACAAUUAUUCAGAAAAUUUUCUCUUUGACAUUGCAUCCAAAUUGAUUUCUGCUGAAACAGGUUCACAUCAUCAUCAACAACAUAAUAUUGAUUUACACACAUUACCAUUUUGUGGUGAGACACAAGCUAAAGGAUUAUUAAAGUUAUGGAAUAUUACACGUUUUGAUCAACUAUCGUAUACACUCAGUUUAAAAUUAAUUAAAUUUCACCCACAACUCGUAUUAAUAUUACUUGACAAUCAAUUACAAGAAAGUUUAAAAUUACAGAAAAGUUAUGAUGUCGGCGACUUCUUUAGUGAAAAUGAAAAAAUAUUUUCAAAAUUAUGUCAUGGUCAAUCUUCACUGUUCUAUCAACAGUUAUGUCAAUAUGUUCUUGAUUUAUUAGGAAAAGGAAUACGAUCUAGUCAAUCUAGUCAAGCAUUACCCCAAUUUAUUUCUACUUAUACAAAACAAUAUUUUCAUCAUGCACCACAACAAAUGAUUGAAUUAUUAAAAUUAGUGACAACCGAUCAAGAUAUACAAGCAAAACAAAGUUGGUCAUCGACGUUGCCUUCUCUCGAAUUUCCACGUAAUUUUUCCCAACAAGACUAUAUUCAAGUAUUUAUGGUAUUAUAUGAACGAAUUUCUAAUUUAGAUACAAUAUUAAGUAUAUUUUUUACAAAUCAAACACUAAAUAAUUUAUAUUCUAUAGAAAAACGUCGUAAAUAUUUUUUUGAACAAAUUAUUCAACAAAAAAUUGGUGAACAAAAAUUUUUAAAAAAAUUAUAUCCAGUUGCAUCAUUUUAUAAUACUCUAACAGUGUUGCAAGAAUAUCCUCAAUUAACAUCAUCUUUGUCAAAAUAUUUAUUAAUCCAAGAAGAAAAAGAAGAACAAGUAGAUGCGAUUAAAAAAUUAAAAUAUUUGGAAUAUGAUUAUCUUGAACCAAAUUAUGAUAAUUAUUUAAAUUUAAUGAAACAAACAAAUGCUGAUGUAUCACAACGUCUCCAAAAUAUUUUAUCAUUAUUAAAAUGUGCCAUACGUAAUCGUCAAUGUGAAGAAAAAGUAUUAAUAUUUAUUGAAAAAAGUUUAGUAAAUGAACAAUUGAUGAUUAUUGAAGGUUUAAUUAAUACAAUGACAAAAUAUGAUAAUUAUUAUCAUUUAAAUUUAAUAAUCAAAUAUGAACAAAUUUUUGAAACAAUAUUUAAUUAUGCAUUCAUUCAUAAACAACGGACAUCAUCUACAUUAUCAAAGAUUUUUACAUAUGCAAUUCAUUUAAUAAUACAUGUUGAACAAUGUAAAUCAAAAAAGCUUCAAACCGAAAUAUUGACAUUUGCAAACAAAUUAAUUAAACGGUAA